AGACCUGAUUUAAUUGGUAGGUAUUUUCAUAGAAAAAUAUGAUUAUUAAAAGCAUUAAUUUCAUUUUUUUAGACAGAGUUAAAAUUGGGAAGUUGUAAGCUUGAUAAUGUUAAGGAUAUUCUGAACGAUCUAUUAAAGGAGAUGAAAUUGAAAAAUAUAGCUCACACCAGAAUAAGUAAGCUAUCCGGAGGGGAAAGGAGAUUACUUUCAUUGGCAACAUCACUACUUUCUAGUCCUCAGAUACUUAUCUGCGAUGAACCGACAACCGGUUUGGAUAGUUACAACGCGUUGUUGGUUGUAGAAUCUUUAAAAAAGUUGGCUAUACGCGGGAAAGUAGUUAUAUGUUCGGUGCACCAACCUUCCAUGGAUGUACUUAAGGAAUUUAACUCUAUAAUUCUGAUGGCUGAUGGCAAGUUACUCUUUCAUGGGAGCCAUGAAGAGUGCAAGGAUAUGUUUGAGAGUGUAAACCUGUAUUGUCCUAAGAACUAUAACCCCGCGGAGUUCUACAUUCGGGAAGUGUCUCGACUCAGUCCUGAAUUAGUCGAGAGUAUUAAGGCAUCACAUCAGUCCGUGUCCUGCGUAGAAACCGAACACCCAGCAAGGACUCGAAUGUACAGGAGAAAUUGGUUUAAGCAAGUUCAGCUUUUACUCUGGCGAUCAUCGUUAUCUUUUGGUAGAGAUCUGAAGGGACAGUUGUUUCAACUAUUUGUUAAUGUUAUGGCAUCAUCUCUAAUAAUCGGCACUUGCUACGUGGGCAUCUCCGGGACCAGUCAGCGGGGGGUGCAGGACGUCCGCGGUAUGCUGUGGCUGAUGACAAGCGAGGUGUGCUUCGCGAUCGCCUACACCGCCCUCUAUGCGUUCGAACAGGACUUGCCUCUAUUCAAGAGGGAGGUCGGCACCUAUAGCUGUUCUGCGUAUUACGUCGCGAGACUUUUGGGAUUUGUUCCCCGUUGCGUGAUUUGGCCAUUGGUCCUAGUGUUCCUGAUAACUCUGGCCGUCCAGCUGCCUAACCACGCUCUUACUGCUGUUGAGUUCUUCGUUACCCUGUCUAUUGCCGCCGUCGCCUCAUCAGCAUACGGUUUGGGUAUGGCGGCUCUUUUUACAUCGACUGGUAUAAUGGGCGACGUGAUGCCGGUCGCAGAUCUUCCCCUGUUCCUGAUGUCUGGAGCUUUCCUGAGACUUUCAUCGCUUCCCAUGUGGCUGUAUCCUAUUAGGUUCCUCUCACACUUCUACUACGCCAUGGACGCAGUCAGCAAUAUCUACUGGAGACAAAUCGAACACAUCGACUGUCCGACAAAUUCCACGUCAAGUUGCAUCUACGACGGAGCUUCAGUUCUGGCUGAAGCGGGCUACUCCAAUAAAUUCAUGCUUCAGGACCCCACAGGAAUGAUUAUGGUGACAGCCUUCUGGAGUAUUCUGGCUUAUUAUGGCUUGAAACGAGAGGAGAAAAGGGGAUACGCUUAUUAAAUUUAUUGAUAAUUAAAACGAAGAGUUGGAAUCAGAGAAACAAGUACUUAAUAAAAGUGAUAUGUGUGAAAAAUAUGUUUUAUUUGUUAUAUU